AUCUGGUAUUCAGCUGGGGAGCACCAAGCUUGGUCUGAAAGCACACUUCACUGGUUCUAACCAUGGAAGCCAGUUCCGUCGGCGCUGACGUAUCUGCCGACCACGUCAUCGCCGAGUUGCUCGAGAUGGGGUUCGAGUUCGACAAGAUCAGCGAGGCGAUUGGGGUCGUGGGACCGUGCCGUGCUGAUGUGGUGGAGUUCAUGCUGAAUGGGUCUGGGGGUGAGCAGAGAAAGCCGAGUGGGGGGUCGCAAAGACGCCGUCCUGACAGGAGCGCUAGGCUGGCUAAUCCCAGGGGGAAAUUUAAGCAGUCCAGUAUUACCGAUCACAUCGCCGCAACCACUGGCAGUAAAACGGUGUCUUGUGGUGGGGAACCCAGUACCUCGUAUUCUUGUUUACCAGCCUCCAUCGGCCCUGAAGCGACUGCUGCUGUCUGUUCUAAAUCAAAGCCUGAACCUCAGUUUUUGCUUGUGAAUUCAAGAGGCGAGUUUGACCGGACUGGCAAAAUUAGGGCUGUUUUGCAAAAGCAUUUUGGCUUCUCCUGCGUCAAGGGUUUCCAAAAGGAAGCCCUGGAUGCUUGGUUUGCUCACAAGGAUUGUCUUGUUCUAGCGGCAACUGGAUCAGGAAAGUCCCUUUGCUUCCAGAUCCCAGCUCUUUUGACUACCAAGAUUGUGGUGGUCAUCUCACCCUUGAUUAGUCUAAUGCACGAUCAGUGCCUUAAACUUGCAAAACAUGGGAUUUCAGCAUGCUUCCUUGGAUCAGGGCAACCAGAUAAUCGUGUUGAAGGCAAAGCGAUGGCUGGCAACUAUAAGAUUGUUUAUGUUUGCCCUGAGACAAUUUUAAGACUGAUGGAACCGUUGAAGAAACUUGCAGAAAAGCCAGGGAUUGCACUUUUUGCCAUAGAUGAAGUUCAUUGCGUUUCUAAAUGGGGUCAUGAUUUCCGACCUGACUAUAGGAGAUUGUCUGUGCUUCGAGAAAACUUCUGUUCCAGCAAAUUGAAGUUCUUGGAACAUGAUAUUCCUUUGAUGGCAUUGACUGCUACUGCAACUUUCCAUGUACGAGAAGACAUCCUCAAGUCCUUGAAAAUGUCAGAACAUACAGCGGUUGUCUUGACGUCCUUUUUCCGGCCAAACCUUCGAUUCACUGUAAAACACAGUAAAACCUCUGCCUCAUCAUAUGGACAGGACUUUCAAGAACUUAUAGGGACUUACAAUGCUUCAAGGAAUUUCAGGGGGAAAGGCCAGAAAAUUCUUCAUGAAGUUGAGCCUGAGUCUGAAAGCAGUUCAUAUGACUCUCUGGAUGAUAGUGCAUCAGACGACGAAGAGGAAGUUCCUGACAUUAAAAUAAAUAAACCUGCCAAGUCUCUGGUAAAAGAAAACACCGAACAUGAGCUGGAUCAGUAUCCAGGAGUAGAUGAUUUUGAUGUUUCAUGUGGGGAGUUCCUCGAAAGCUCGCGACCUGAGAUCUUUGCACCUCCUGUGCCAUCCCAUGAAACUAGUUCAACAGAAAGUUUUGAUCAAGGUCCUACAAUUGUGUAUGUACCCACGAGGAAAGGAACUGUGGAACUAGCUAACUAUCUGUGUAAAUCAGGCCUCAAAGCUGCAGCGUAUAAUGCAAAGAUGCCUAGAGCACAUUUGAGGCAGGUGCAUGAGCAGUUCCAUUGCAAUGCCUUAGAGGUUGUUGUGGCUACAAUAGCAUUUGGCAUGGGAAUUGACAAGUCGAAUGUCAGGAGAAUUAUUCACUAUGGUUUACCACAGAGUUUGGAAGCGUAUUAUCAAGAAGCUGGUCGUGCUGGUAGAGAUGGAAAGUUGUCAGAUUGCACUCUAUAUUGUAAUUUUGUGAGAACACCAACACUGCUUCCUAACAAAAGAAGUGAUGAACAGACAAGGGCAGCAUACAGGAUGCUACGGGAUUGCUUUCACUAUGCUUUGAACACUUCAACAUGCAGAGCCAAAAUUCUAGUAAAGUACUUUGGGGAGGAACUUGGUCUUGAAGGAUGUCAAAUGUGUGACGUCUGUAUCAAUGGCCCUCCUCAAAUUCAUGAUUUCAAGGAAGAAGCAGCUGUGUUCAUGAAUGUGCUCCAAUCUCAAACUGGACAGGCAACUGAAGGUAUGAAUUACAACAGUACAGACUGUUACAGAUCUGGAAGACGAAAUUUUGGGGAGGUACCUGAUUUCAGAACGGCAGUCAGUUAUAUAAGACAGAAGCUUCCUAGGUUUGCCAUGACAGACAAGAUAUGGUGGCAAGGUCUUGCUCGUAUUUUAGAGGACAUGGGAUACAUACAGGAAGCGGCUGAAAUUCCUCGUGUCAUAAUCCAGCAUCCAGAGCCCACAAGAGCCGGCUUAAAUUUUCUGAGUUCACAGCCAAAUGAGGAAGGCUUACACGCAUACCCUGAUGCCGCUACAUUACUGGCGAUGACUAACCCAAAGUCCUUAUCUUCUUCCGCUCAGUGGGGCAAGGGUUGGGCAGAUCCUGAGAUACGCCGCCAGCGUCUUGCGGGCAAGACGGGGAGGAGGAAAAGGAAGAGGGGUUCUCAGAAGCAGCCCAUGGGUUUCACCACUGCAAAAGAGAGGCUAUCAGCGAUACUCUCGAAGUCGAAGCGCAGAAGGUAAUAUGAGGAGUGAUGAGCUCAUGAGAUGACAGAACUCUUAUGUGAGAUCAAAGGUAAGUAAACACCUGUAGAGUAUAGCAUAGUUCAAUUCUGAUCCCAUUUUCUCCUGGUAGCCGACAGAUAGGCUCAGGUGGAUGAAGUUGCUUAAUUAUUACUAACAGUGUAAAACAUUUGGAGAUCAGUUGUGUUUGUUGUUUUCUUGGAGAAGAUAUUGCCUGUUUACCA